AUGGAUAGUGCUGGCCACACUUUCAGCAACUACCGUGUGGACACGGAAGACAACAACAAGCUUCCCCGGAAGAUUUGCAACAUUGUCAAGUUUUGUUUGUUUCUGUCAGUCUGGCUGUACUCUUCAGCAUAUCUUAUCACGACUACGCCGAAAGUACCAAGUACCUUUCUCGUGCCAGUGCUGCCGUACAGGAAGUAUGUAAUCAGGUCGAGGGAUAAAACACAUCAAAGUGAUAUAGACAUUAACUUUUCCGGUCCCCUCAACAAGAGGCUAAUCACAAAUCCCGAGCAGGCAACCGAUUUAGAUCCUCAUAUCAAAGUUAAAAUCAAGAGCUUCAAUGCGAUGGCCAAUGAGACGGAACUGGAAUCCGACACGUUGUUCCUCUUCUUGCUCGCCGAUCAGGACGCCAUGAGCUAUAAGAUAAGUAAGCAGUUCACACUCAAAACCAAAAAAAAACAAUCGGAGGGAAUCCAUCAGUCGACAAGCCAUGGGGAAUACUACGAGCUCAAUAUAAUACUCACAAAUUACCACAAUCGGGCCUUCGCCCUAUUCGUAGUCGUCAAUUAUAACCCGGUUAGCACGCAUGUCGGUGUCGCGGGCGGAAUAUUGCUGCUUAUUUUUUUUUAUGUGCUGAUCAUAUGGGAUCUGGCGGAUCGUGCACUUGUGGCCCUGCUCACUUCCAUGGGGGGAAUCGGACUGCUGUGCAUGAUGAAUGCGCGUCCUCAAUUGACCGAAUUCGUGCAAUUGAUCCACCUAGAUUGCCUGAUGUAUGUCUUUUUCCUCAUGUUAAUAGUCAGAAUUGUGGACGAGACGGUUGUCUUUGAUUUCAUAGCCGCCAUCACAUAUGAGGCCUCACGCGGUAAGCCCUGGCUACUCGUCCUCAUUCUGUGCGCCUGCGCGGCGAUCUUCUCCGCCAUACUCGACAAUGUGACAAUGGUACUGCUAAUGGGCCCGAUUACAUUGCGGCUGUGUCAAAAAUUGGCGCUGUGCACCACAAUUGUCCUCAUGAGUAUUACGAUGUUCGCCAACAUCGGAAAUGUAUUGUCCCCUUUGAAUAAGGACUCGAUUUUGAAGCUUGAUAUCGCUCCGUUCCUCGAGGCGCAGCAUAUCACCUAUAGCAACUAUGUUCUGCACAUAUUUCCGGGCGUGAUUCUGAGUUUGGCGGUUGCCUACGGAGUGCUCUACGGAUUUCUUAAGAAAUAUUUAUAUAGCAGGAGUACAGUAAUUGGAUCGAUAACAUCGCUUCAAAUUCGCGCCGACAAAUUGAAAAAAGUCGGUGUUCAUCUAAGUCAGUAUCAGAACAAUCGUAUUACGCAGCUGAGGAGGAUUGAGAUUGAACAGAACGGAGAGAGAGAGGAGGUGGAUUUCACGUCAACCCUAUCCGAUUUGAAGGCCAACUGUAUAGUGAGGAAUAUUCCGUUGCUCGUCGGCUCCUGUAUUUCCCUGGCCGUUCUAUUUGUCCUCUGCCUGCCCACAAUAGAUAACAAUCUCCACCAUUUGACACCAAACUGGAUAGCACUGUUCGCCACAGUGCUGCUGCUCAUCUUGGGCAACCUGCAGGAGCUCGACGUACUGUUGGCGCGAAUUGAUUGGAGGUCCUUAAUAUUCUUCGCUGCAUUGAUGGUUCUAUUCAAAUCGAUUCGCUACCUGGGUAUCGAUUACUGGACGAUCAAGACGAUUCACAAGAUUGUCAGCAAUACGAGAAAGGACCGCCAGCUGGCCGUCAGCAUCUUAGUGUUAACUGCGGUGGCGGCCAUUGAGUCCGCCAUUAUGCCUAACAUGAUGAUGAAAACAUUGAUGGUCAACGAGGCCAUCAGCAUGAGCGUCGACUGCAAUUUGCCCUUUGCACCGCUCCUGUGGUCCAUCGCCUACGGCUCUUCCUUCGGCGAAAAUUCAAAUCUAAUUUGUUCUUUAGCCAAUGUGCUAGCAUCCGGAUUGGCCCAUCAAGAAGGCUACCGAUAUACGUAUAAACGUUUCUUCGUGAUCGGCUUUCCUAUAACAGUGGCGACGUUGAUGAUGUCAACCAUAUAUCUAUUAAUUGCACAUCUAGUUUGUAACUGGCACGGCCCUUCGGCCUAG